UAUACUUUACUUUUUCUAUCAAAUGUCGUAUUACACUUCUAUUGUCUAAAAGUCUUAUAAAAGUCUAGUUUCGGGUAAUGAAAUGGUGGCAGCCCUUCUCGCCGUCACUAAAAUAAUGGCGUCGGAUGGUACAUUUAGCGACGAACUUAUUCAACAUUUCAUCACCUCCACUACCAUCGUUUUCUUCUUCUUCCUUCUGCUCUUCAUACUUAAGAAACUAAUGCUACUCCCCAACCCAGCUCGUCCCAAUCUCUGCGGUCUUCCGCCGAGCCCGCCGGCGCUGCCGAUCAUCGGCCACAUUCAUUUCCUCCUAAAAACCCCAUCACUCCACCUCCACAAAUGCUUCCACGCUCUCAGCUCCGAAUACGGCCCACUAAUCCACCUCAAGUUCGGCUCCUACCCUUUCGUCCUCGUCUCGUCGGCGACCCUCGCCGCCGAGAUAUUCAAAACCCACGACCUCAAUUUCUCUUCCCGCCCCGACUCCCCACUGGAAGGCCGCCUCUUGUUCGGCGACUCCGGGUUCGUCACGGCGCCUUACGGCGAUUACUGGCGGUUCAUGAAGAAGCUCUGCGUCACCGAAUUGCUCUCCCCUCGCCAGCUAGACCGAUCGAGGUUCCUGAGAAGGGAAGAAUUGGUUCGAUUCUUGACGAAGUUGAUGGAAAAGGGGUUGAAAAGGGAAGCAGUGGACGUGGGAGGGGAGUUGAUGACGCUGACUAACAACACGACCUGCAGGAUGGCGAUGAGCGCCAGGUGUUCGACGGAAAGCGGCAACGAAGCAGAGAGGUGCAGAGCUUUGAUCAAGGAGUCUCUGGAGCUGACCGCCAAAAUGGCUCUCGCUAAUCUGCUUGGACCUUUGAAGAAGUUGGGACAUCUGGCGCUCAGAAAGCAAGCUAGGGAUGUUCCUGCGCGGUACGAUGAGUUGCUGGAGGGGAUUUUGAAAGAGCACGAGGAAAGAAGAGCUGCUGACCACGAUUAUGUUAAUGGCGGCAGAGAAGCUUGUGAUCUGAUGGAUGUUCUCCUGGAAGUGUCCAAGAAUGCAAAUGCGGAGAUGAAAAUCACCAGGGGACAAAUCAAAGCAUUCUUCUUGGAUUUAUUCAUUGCAGGCACCAGCACGACUGCAGACGCAAUGGAGUGGACGAUGGCAGAGCUUAUCAACCAUCCCGACGCAUUCAGGAGAAUUCGAGAAGAGAUCAACCAGCAAGUUGGAAGCAGGCUAGUGGAAGAGGGAGACAUUCCAGGUCUUCAUUAUUUGGAAGCCGUUGUCAAAGAAACGUUAAGGCUACAUCCUCCAGCAAUCCUGGCACCAAGGGCGAGCCACGAGGCGUGCAGGAUUGGAGGGUUCGACAUACCGAAAGGUGUAGCAGUGGCUAUCAACAUAUUCUCUAUAAUGAGAGAUCCAGAGAUGUGGAUCAAUCCCGACGAGUUCCGUCCCGAGAGGUUCAUUGAACAGGACGGUUUUCUGAGGGGAGGAGGGAUUAAUGGGUUUGUUCCAUUUGGUGGGGGGAGGAGAAAGUGCCCCGGGUCGAACAUGGCGUUUGCUUUGAUAUGCCCUACAAUUGCAGCUAUGGUUCAGUGCUUUGAUUGGGAGCUUGCAGAUGGGGAAGAAAUGGUGAGCAUGGAAGCAUGUUCAGGGUUCACUUUGAAGUUGGGAAAACCACUUGUUUGUCAUCCCACCACUAUCUUCAAUCCUUUCCCUCUGCAAAGGUCAUCACCUGAUUUCAAUGAUUAAUUAUUAUGCCAAAUUCUUUGGGUUUAUUUAAGUUAGAAAUAGUCAAAUAAAAAAGUAUAGCUUCUUGUUAUGUGUUAUAUGUCUGAUUUUCUUAUUCGUCACUAAUAUUCAUGAUGAAUACACUAUGAUAUCAAUACACCCCUCCUUUUUAGCCCACAAGUUAGGGGCUAGAAAUCCUUUAUUUUAGAGUAUUCGUGUGAGGAAUGUGAACGGCAUGAUGAUCUUUCUUUUGCUCACCGAGGAUCAAUUAACAAACACCCACAAUACCACCACGUAAAGGAUAGUUGAGUAAUAACUUCUAUCACAAGGAAACCGGCAAUAAAUUGUGAGGCAUCAC